GUUUUGAUUUGGAUUCAAAUACCGACAGAGAGCAGCAGACCCUCUCUCUAAAUGGAGACUGUGACAAGCUCAUAGACUUUUCCAAAAUGUGCAAUUCAAAUCAAGAAUAUUACUUGAAGCUAGAAGAGCUGAAGAAUGCCCACUUGGAGACCAUGGCAAAAUUAGAAAGUAUGUAUCAGAAUAAACUCUAUUUAAAAGGAGUACAACCCCUGGACAAGAAAAAUGCUGCUUCUAACAGGUGUUGUAGGCCAACUUGGGAAAAGAGCUCGUAUCAACCUCUAGAUUUGCACGAAUCCUUUUCAGACUCUGAUGUAAGCGAUCCCUUAGGCUUAAGCAUAUCUGAUGGGUCUGACAGAGAAUUAAUGUUUGAAGAAAAUGGUAGUGAAACGGGAUCAUCUGUAUUUGCUAAGCAACGGAUUGAAAAAAUGUGGGACGGGUUCUCUGUGGAAGACUACAUCUCUCACGCCAGACACAGCACACCAAGCUCACCAGCCUUCAGAAGGAUACAGAAGAAGGAGGCAUGGUCACCAAAAGUGACUGUGCCCAAGCCUUUCCAGAUGACUAUUAGAGAAGCUAGAAAAAAAGAACAGAAUGUCAAAUCAAAGUCACAGAUCGAAAUGGAAAAUAAUUUAUUGAAGAAGCAACUAGAGGAAGAAGCAGAGUGUCAGAAAAAAUUCCGAGCCAACCCAGUGCCCGCUACCGUUUUCCUUCCACUCUAUCGUGAAAUUGUGCAACGAAACGAAGAACGCAGGAGGUCUGUGAAAGAGAGAAGCAAACUCAAACUCUUGGCUUCUCAGAAGCCAUUUAAAUUCCUUGAACGAGAGAAGCAAAGGAGUGAAAUUAGGAAGAGGCAAUUAACAGACCUUUCCGUACCUGAAAAGAAAACAAACCUGUUCAAAGCAAAACCAGUUCCUAAAUGUGUUUAUAGUCCAGCAGUUAAUGACAAGCUAAAGGAGGAAGAGCUCUACAGAGAAAUCAGGAUCAGAAUGAGAGCUGAAGAGUUGCUGCGUAAUUCAUCUCUACCCAACAGCAGGCUGGCUUUAAAAGAUACCAGUAAAAAAAAGAAACACAAGGGCACUGAACCAAAGCAAACAGAACAUAAACCCAAGAUCAAAUCAAGUGUUCCAGAUUUUGAACGACUACACCAGAAAUUUCAGAAACAGUUCAUGCAACAAAGACAAGUGAAACACCUUACAGUCUGUGAACCUUUUGAUCUUUGUACCCCAUAUAUUCCCUCAAACAAGGAGAAGAUUUUGAAGGACAUUCAAGAAGAUGAAGAAAAGUUGAAAGAAACACGCUGGCCUUAUGCCUCACCAAGACGGAAACCUCAAAUAAGACAUUCAAGUGCAAAUUCACAUCUCUCGGGAUUUGGAGAAUCUAAAUUGCCAAAAAUCACAGAAUCUACAAGACGACGGCUACAAGCCAUAAGGAAUUCACUUGAGGAAAAGAGAAAUCUGGAAGAACAACAAAAAAGGAACAGAACAAAGCAGAAACAAAGAACGAAAAAACUCCAGAAAAUUGUAACAGCUCGGGCUGAGGCCAAUGACCCACAUCAGAGCCUAGCUCAGAUGUCUAAAUCCAAAUUAAAAACAUUCAGGAAUUAUGAAAAACAGAGAAUGCAAGAAUAUUUGCAAGAGUUGCAAGAAAUGGAAGAACGAGUAAAUCAAAGGCCAUUGCUUUUUGAAAGAGUCACUCAGAAAAAUGCCAGAAUAGCUGCAGAAAAGCGUUACUCUAACAGACUGAGAGCACUGGGGAUAUGCCCAGAGUUUGUUUCAAAGAAAGGACAAACAACUAAAUUGCUACAGGGCUCCUGUGCUGAAGAUUUUAGUAACUCCACUGAUGCCAGAGAAAGGGUCAGCAAGGCUAAAGUGAAAGAAAGAGAAUCCUUUGAGGAAGCAGCUGAUAGCAGUCCUUGGUCUGAGCAGUCCUGUGAGGAGGAGGAAGAGGAGGGAGAGAAGAGAAAAGGUGUCAAAACCUCUACCCAAGAUGGCCAGUCCGGUGAGCUGGAGGAUGAGGAAGAGUCAAGAGCCAGCCCUUACGCUCAUCAGCUUUGCUCUGCUGGGUCCAGCCCUGCCUCUGACCAGCAAUGUGAAGAGGAGGAGGAAGAGGAAGCAAAGACAGGUCUAAUGCUUGGCCAUUCCCAGGAGGGGGAUGAGGAUCAGUCAAGACCCAGCUCUCGGUCUAACCAGUCCCCUGAACCUAAAGAGGAAGGUCAGUCUGACUCUGAAGCUGAGGGUGCCUUCAGAUAUGAGGACGAGGAAUAUGAAAAUGAUGAUUCAGAAGAGAAACCCAGUGAGGAGGAAGCAGACUGAAAGGAAGGCAGACAGGAUGGCCCCGGUGCUCAGGAACCUAUUUUCAUUGCUGGCAGUGAAAUAGACACCAAAGACAAACUUGGGACUUUGCUAUGGAUACAAAAUUCUGUGAAUUUAAACCUCUUAGCUUAACAGUCUUUCCAGCACAGAAACGUCUGUUUUCCAGUAAGAAAGAUCAAGUUACUAAUUUCCACCAAGAGAAGAAUUUACUUUUAUAUAUAUCUUUUUUAGUCUUCUGUGACAUUAGCGCACCCUCUGAAAUGAAAUGAACUGCAGCCACUGCUGACUAACAGUGUCUUGCAUGCUGUCUUGGUAAGUACUGAGGUCUUACUUCCAGCUCCUUCUACGUGCUGACAAAGUCAGAUGAGAUUUUGGAGUAAUAAUUGGCCAUUAUUGGUGCCUCCUAGUCUCAAACAUUUCAGUACUUCUGGGGUCUGUUCCUGCAACAUCUAGGACAGCAAUGAAUAGACCAGAGCUUGUUGUGCAAGCUCUCUGAUUGUUUUUAGCAGAGCAUCUGCUAGGAAGACCACUUGAUGUACACUCAGACGAGACAGCCAAAUCUGUUCAGUUCCUCCUUCCUCCUCCUCCCAUGGGAUUUGUCUUCUGCCUACUUAAGUGAGCUGAAUCGACUCAGAGAUGGGUCAGAUGAGUGCCAGGGCCAAAAAGGAUUACUGCUUUUGGAGGAAGCAAGUUAUUAUAUCAACUCAAUUACUUUGUCCAACUAAAAUAUUGCAGUAUUGUUUGUAGUAGAACAGUAUUGCAGUCACUGAAGGCUCUCCCUGUAGAGGAAAAAAUGCUUAGAAUAUACUGAGAGGAUCCACUUAAAUUUUCACAGAGACUGUUAGCGCUUAAGUAAGGUAGAAGAGUAAGUCAGUAGAAUAAUAUGUUACACUACAGUUGUUACUGUACAACCAGGCUUCAAAACUCUUCCUUCAACGCCAUUUUGUUUUGAAGAGCUCUUCCCAUGGUCAUGUAAAAUCAAUCCUUCAUAACAUAAUAACAAGUGCUGACAAUAAUCUUUGAAUUUCUUUAUUGAGACAGUAAACAUACACUGUAAAGAUUCUUACUACAUCAGGUAAAAACAUAGCCCAGGAACUCUAGUUGCAUGAAAGUAUGGAAAGAAGGUCUUUAGUUUCUUACACACUUGCUACUGAGGACUUAAGCUACUACACAAGAAUGCAAAUGGUUUUUUGCAAUUGUUUGGUUUGUUUUUGUUUUUUUUUCUUAGUAGUAGUACCUUCUACUAUUACUAGCUUUCUUGCUAGCCUGUUGUAUGCAGUGUUAGGAGAGAUAAUAAAAGAAUGCAUCCACAUAAUGCACCACAAGCAAGGAUUUCAAACAAGCUUUGUCAGGACAGAGUAAAAUGCAGCAUUGCACAUGUGCUAAAAAUGCAUUCAUUGAAUGGUAAAUACAUUUGUUAAAAUACCAGGUUUGCAAAAGCAUCUGCAAUGACUAACAAUAACAAUUUUUAUUUUCUUCUAAGCUGCAUGCAAGGGCACUAACUCUUGUUAUUUCUUUCUUCUGAAUUUGAGAAAAUGUAACAAUAUUUGGAAGUUUUUUAUCAUUAUUGCUUUUAUUUAUUUGUGAAGUGUGAGCAUAUCUAAUGGGGAUUUGAAACAUCUUUUUACUUAAAUAAAAUAUUCAUUGUAUAUAUGUCAUACGUGAAAGUAUUAAUCAUUACUUCACGAGGACAACUAUAGUUUGCAAUCUCUAGUUAUACCUGACAAGACCACAAUACAAACUCAAGGUUAGUUUGCUCGUGCUUGUCAUUAUUCUGUAAUUCUGAAGAGUUGUACAAUAGGUUAUUGAAUUUGUAG